GUUGAAGCUUCCUUGAUCUAGAAAGAGUAUUAUUAUUGAUGAUAGCUUCUACUACUGUCCGUCAAUUACUACUAAAGGGUAAGGCAGCCAUCCUGGAUCCUAAGAUGGGUUGGAAAACUACCCAUUUCUGGGGUCCUAUGGCUAAUUGGGGUAUUGUUGCUGCUGGUGUAUUGGAUAUGACUACUCAAGGGCCUGAUAUGAUAUCUAUACCUAUGACUGGUACUUUAUGUGUUUAUUCUCUAUUAUUCAUGCGUUUUGCAUAUAUGGUACAACCUAGGAAUUAUCUAUUGUUAUCCUGUCAUAUCUUUAAUGAGGGUGUCCAACUUAUCCAACUUGGUCGUGCUCUCAAGUACCAGAGUCAACACAAGCUUGUAGCAGAUCAGCGUAGACAACAGAUUACUGCUAUGAAAUCGACUACUACUAGUAUUAUUGCCAAGGAGGCAUCUCCUAAUAGUAGUAUAACAACACCAUCUAUGACAUCAUCAUCGAGCAGCAAGUCCAUGUUUGCUGUAUCUGCUGCUGGUGUUGCUGCUGCUAAGGCUGCUAGCGACAUCGCCUCUAAGGCGGCCACCACUACAACAGCAGCUUCAUCUACCACUGCUGCUGCUGCUGAGACUGUUGUCAAGUCUGCUGCUGCUAGUACUCCUGCUGCUAAGACAGCUCAAGCUGCUACUAAAGCUGCUAUUGAGGGUUCGUUCCAUCCCGUCCUAAAAUUGAGAUCUAAGAUAUGUGCUUUACCUAUGCCUGAAUUAUUAAGGAAAUUCUUUAUGCAUCCUGCUGGACCCUUUACCAUAUUCUUCUGGGCUCCUGCUAUCAAAUGGGGUAUAUCUGCUGCCAACUUAGUUGAUUAUAAGAGACCUGUUGAAAAGGUUAGUAUCCCUCAACAGCUUGCUCUAUUCGCCACUGGUGUUAUCUGGGCUCGUUGGUCAUUUGUUAUCACACCAAUUAACUACAAUUUAGCAACUGUUAACGUGUGUCUAGCCUCUACAGCAUUCUAUCAUUUGAUAAGAAAGUUGGUAUACGAUCCCUUCCCUACUACUAAUGAUGAUGAUGUCAAGAAGACGACUGUUACUACUACGUCCUUGUAGACUCCUUAUAGUAGUAAUGAUGUCGUGUUAUUCCUGAGUAUUAUCAUUCACAUCGUCAUCAUGAUCGUUCUGGUAAUAGUAUUAUUACCACUCAACAACAAUUGUGUAGUAGCUGUUGAUGAUUGACUCUCGUUGUUCCUGGUAUCCCUAGUAUUGCUACUACUACUACCAUUCACACCUAUUGCAUUGGAAUUACUUGGUAGUAGUAGUAGUAACUAGUUGGGUGUAAUCAUUGUUACAACAGUGUUG